AUGUUCGACAAGUGGAGCCUUCAGAAGGUAUUCCAGAACUACCUCUACCCGGCCUAUGUGGGAGGUGCGAUGGCAAAGGUGAUACCAUACCCAAGGUUCAUCCGCUAUCUUCUCGAUACCGACUUGGAAGCUGCCUCGCAGUACUGGAACCGCUUGCUGGCAGACGUUGAUGCGUUCACCGAUUUUCCAUCGCUGCCUCCUGGUCACCAGUCCAAGCCGACCUCGCUGCUCAAGCGUACAGUACGUGUGAAGGACCUCGCGGAUCUCCAAACGCCAUUUCCCAGUCUACUAAGGGCAGCGUGGGCUCUCACAGUGGCCCAUUAUGCCGCCGCAGAGGACGUCAUGUUUGCUGUCAACCUUUCAGGCCGUUCGGCACCUGUUGCGGACAUCACAGACAUGGCUGCCCCUACUUUCACAACAGUUCCUGUCCGAGUCAAAGUAGACGGCACGCAGAGCGUCCAAACCUUCUUGCAUGAUGUCCACCGAGAGGCCGUGGAGAUGAUACCUCAUGAGCACAUUGGCCUGCAGAAGGUCAAGGACCUCGUUCCUACUUUCAAUCCAGCAGAUCUGAGACACCUGUUUCUCGUGCAUCCUGCAAUGGAUGCUGAUGCGUCUAUUCGUGUGCCCGGGUUUGAACAGAUCGACAUGAGUUUGGAAGCACAGGGCGACUAUCCCCUCGCAAUCACCUGCAAGGUGGAUGACAGCGGGAGCGAAGCGGCGGUGGAGGCUCGUUUUGACGAGACUGUCCUUCACAGUGACCGCUUGGAAUCUGUCUUGCGACAAUUCGAGCAUAAUGUCGCUCAGCUCGGUGGAACCCAGACAUCGAAGAGACCCCCCCCCGACCUGGGUUGCGUUCACGGUCCUGUUCUCAAGUCUGUCCGGGAGCGUCCCAAUGCGCAAGCCAUCUGCAGUUGGGACGGACAGCUCACGUAUCAAGAGCUCGACGCAAUGGCCAGGACCCUUGCCCAAGUGCUUGUGACGGAUCGAGGCGUUGGGCCCGAAGUAGCCGUCGGCUUCUGCAUGGACAAGUCGCGGUGGGCCAUUGUCGCCAUGCUGGCCAUAUUGUAUGCUGGCGGCGCGGUCGUGCCUCUUGGUGUUCAGCUUCCAACGGAAAGACUGAGGGUCAUCGUGGAGGACUGUUCCCCUGCUAUGAUUCUCUGCGAUGAGGCACAUGUGCAGAAAUUUGAGGCGCUGGGCCUGACUGACAACACCGUGAUUGACAUUCCCUUCACAUCAGUCCGUCCCGAGAAUAUGGCCUGGAUCAUGUACACCUCUGGGAGCACAGGACUUCCCAAGGGAGUCGUACUGGAGCACAGGAAUCUGCGUUCCAGCCUCGUGGGGAAGGGCAACAUAUGCAACAUGGAUCCAACAACCCGCGCAUUCCAAUUCAGUGCUUACACAUUCGACGUCUCCAUCAGCGAUAUCUUCAUCACCUUGGCCUGUGGGGGUACCAUAUGCGUGCCUUCAGAGAGCGAGCGGAUGAACGAUCUGAUCGGGACCAUACAGCGGCUCAAUGUCAAUUUCCUCAAUAUCACGCCCAGCACGGCGGCACUAAUUCCUCCAUCAGAUGUCCCGGCCGUCAAGAUGCUGGUACUCGGCGGUGAGCAUGUCAACCCGGCCUUGGUGGAGCAGUGGCUGCAGGCUUCAAAGGCCACUCUCGUCAACAGCUACGGUCCAGCCGAGUGCUCCAUUGCUAGUACUGCAAACGCGCCGCUGGGGAACAAAGACGACUCGACCAUCAUCGGCAAGGCUCUACCUAGUGCCGUCGGAGAGCUCCUCAUUGAAGGUCCGAAUCUCGGACGUGGCUAUCUCAAUGAUGCAGUCAAGACGUUGACAUCGUUCAUCACUGACCCCAAAUUUGUCGCCCACGUCCGCUCUGGCAGUAGAAGUGUCCAACGUCGAAUGUACCGCACGGGAGAUCUGGUACGGUACAACAGCAAUGGCUCCCUCACCAUGCUUGGGAGAGGCGACUCGCAAGUCAAGAUCCGCGGCCAGCGGGUUGAUCUAGCCGAAAUCGAAUCCUGCAUCAUGAAACUUGUGCCCGAUGCCAGGACCGUGGUGGUGGAAUACUUCAGCCCCAACGACGACAAACGUGCACUUGUCGCCGCCAUUGAGCUGCGCGGCCGACAUGGCAGCGAUGUGGCAAGCAUGUCUGGAUCGCUGAGGAUAUCGCUCGCUGAGAAACUCCCGUCGUAUAUGGUACCAAGGGUGUAUAUGCAGAUGGAUAAGAUACCCAAGACAGCCUCGGGCAAGACCGACCGCCGAGCGGUUCGCCAGUUCAUGGCCGAGGGGGGCUUCCAAAGUAUGGAGAAUGUGCAUCCCGAAACACCAGAGCCCGGAAAGGUGGACGGCGACCGAGAGGUUCUUGUCCGUAGAAUGUGGGCGGGCGUGUUGGGCAUGGAAGAAUACAGCAUCGACCGACAGGACAACUUUUUCGACCUGGGCGCUGAUUCCAUCAGUGCCAUGAAGCUCGUCGCUGCAGCGAGGCCGGAGGACCUUCACAUUCGGCUGCUGGGCGGCGUGGAGGGCAUUGAAACCUUCCUGAGAGAUGUUGUGUGUCCAGUGACACAAACACCCGGGAUCUCGAUCGUGGACGCCUUUCCAGCGACUGAUGCCGUUGCGUUCAAUGUCGUUGGCGCACUGACGUCUUCACAGACCGAAGUCAAUACAUUCUUUCUCGACACAGAUGCUGUCCUGGAUCUGGAUCGACUGCAGAAGAGCUGUAUGAUGUUGAUAAAGCAUGUGGAGGCGUUCCGGACCGUGUUUGUGCUCGAUCACAAUGAUGGAAAGCUCCUCCAGGUCAUCCUGGACUCAUAUCAACACAAAGUCCAGAAUGUCAUGGUCAAGGAUUCGAUCAAGUCUUCCACCCAACGCCUCUCAGAGAGCGACUUUUGCCGGCCUUUUCAACUUGGACGCCCCAUGAUAGACAUGGCCAUCCUCCACCAUGAGGGGAGCAGCCAGACACGCGUCCUGUUCCGAAUGUCGCACGCUCUGUACGAUGGACUAUCUCUUCCGAUCAUAUGGGACACUCUUCACGCGCUGUACGAUAGGCAGGGCGCCCUUAAGACGGAUCUGAGCCCAUUCUCCGCCUAUCUCCAUAAUCUGCUGCCACACACGACCGACAAAAGCUACACAUACUGGCGAAGCUUGCUCGAAGGAUCCGAAAUGCCCGCGCUCAGCCCGGUCAACAAAUCCAACACGCAAGGGCCAGUGCCGAUGGCUUUUACAGGGAAAAAAACCGUCGCAGUGUCAAGAUUGAAGGAUACGGGCAUUACCAUCUCGGCCGUCAUCAACUGCGCUUGGGCGCGUGUGCUAGCCCAGUACACCGGGAGGAACGAUGUAGUGUUUGGUGACACGAUUUCCGGCCGGAACCUGGUAGACCAUGCGAUAGCCAGUACACUCGUCGGCUGCUGUGCCACCCAUGUCCCCGUACGGGUCAAGCUUGACAGGUCCGGCAAGCAGACAUUUCUCGACUUGCUGCAGCAGGUGAGGGAUCAGCAGCGAUCUCGAAUCGCCCAUGAAGGGCUCGGGUUCCGUGCAAUCAUUCGCGAUUGUACGCACUGGGUCCCCUCUACUCGUUUCACCUCCAUUGUCAACCACCGACCAGGUACAUCGUCGGCCAAGUCCGCCGGUGGCGAGAUGGCAUUCAGUGUCGGUGUUGUCGAGGCCGAAAAUAAACCACUCACAACCUGGUACGACCUUGCCGUCAUCUCUGAAGAGCACGAGGGCGCUGUGCAGCUCAGCCUGGGUUAUUCAACCGUGGCGUUCAAGCAAGAGUUGGGUGAAGCGCUGCUGGCUGAUCUUGCCGACACGGUGGACAUUCUUGUGAAUGCUGCGGCUUCAAAGUCUGAGCAGGCAGCUUUAUACGGAACAGAGGCCUUGCCCAAGUCCAUGAUGGCUCCCGACAACUGGCAGCCGCUCGACAAACUUGGGAAGUAUAGUCCGCAGGCAGAGGUUGUAAAGAAUGACACAUCCUUGGAACCAACAGUUGAUAUCGGUCUCGUUACGCUCGAAGAGAUCUGGUUCCCUGUUUUUGUUUCCAAAGUCGGAAAAGCAGAGUGGCCGCUGGCCGAGAGUGGUCCAACACGAGAGAUGCGCCAGAUGCCGUUCUACGACCUGGGAGGAGACUUGGUUGACGCUGCGUAUUUCGUUGCACUGAUUGAACGCCGCAGAAAGACCUUGAAACGGUCUUUGAAGGGGGAAAACGCUACAGAUUCAGACGCAGAAGAGGUGACGAUCGAUCAUGUAGUUCUUCAUCCCAGUCUGGGAGACUUUGCUGCCUUCUUGCACGAGAGACAGAUUGAGCUAAACUGA